UUCGUCUCCGACGAAACAAGACUAUUCUUUGAGCUGUUCAACUACGUCAUUCUGUGCAGCGUGGUUGCUGUAGUCGGCAUCGUUUCAAAUAUCAUCAACAUCAUAGUCUUCUGCAGGCAGGGACUCUACAACACGGUCAACAUAAGCUUAACUGCACUGGCUGUCUCCGAGCUGUGCAGCCUGGCCUCGCUGCUCUGGUUCGACAUCUGUGUAAGUCCACUUUUUGGCUCUUUAAACGUUCCCAUUGUCCCUUCUGAAGUCCAGCACUUGACCGGGGGCUUGGUUCGAGGAUUUUUCUCCCGUAUCUCCAAUUGGAUCACGGUGUUCAUUACGUCAGAGAGGUGCCUGUGUGUCGUGGCGCCUAUGACGGUGAAGAAAAUGAUUACACCAACGAGAACAAUCAAGGCGUUGUUGGUCAUGUACGUCAUCACCGUACUACCUUUGGUUCCAGAGUACCUCUCCGCCUAUUUGGGUUGGAAAUUCGUCGAGGAAAGAAACGCAACUCUCUUCGGGUUGACAUUGACACGGGAUAGUCCUCGUUUGGAAGGGUUAACGUUCCUCAUCUACUUCAUUUACAUUUUGAUUGCUUACGUGGUCGUGAGCUGCCUGACCUGCAUUCUGAUUUUAAAACUCAAACAGAAAACCGAUUGGCGCCAGAAAAGUAUAUUUGGGAUGCAACGGUCAGAGGUCAUCUCAGCGCGGGACAAGAAGACAAUCAGCAUGAUCGUAGCUGUUGCGAUAGUUUUCAUCGUCUGCAACGGGCCGUCCGUUGUGCUCUACAUGGUAGGGUACCUGUUGCCAGGUUUCAGCGUUGUAGGAGAGCGGGAAAACUUGUUCUUUGUGAGCUGGUCGUUUGGAUUUCAUUUCGAGGCACUGAACGGAACGAUUGUUAUCAUGUUUUACUACAAGAUGAGUUCCAAGUACAGGCGAAGUUUUCUUGGGCUCUUC